AUGGCAACCAUAGCUGCUCUGUCACAAAAUGAACGUACACUUCGUUAUAUUAUUGAUUUACCUUUUCCAAAUAAUUCAUAUAAUGUUUGGAAGCCAUUGUUUAAAUUAUUUAUUUCAUUAAAUGAUGAUGAAAGUAUUGUAUGUGGUCGUGCUCUUGAAUUAUUAACGCGUCGAGAAGCAAACAAUCAUCGACAGAGUCCAUAUUGGCCAGCUAUGAUUGAUAAUGGUCUUAUUCCAACAUUAAUUCAUGUAUUUACUGAAUCAAAAAAUGAUGAUGUACUUGUAAGUGCGUAUCUUUUAUUAUUAAAUAGUGCUAUGGAAUAUCCGCGUGUUAAAACAGAAUUAGUGACAAUUAAAAAUGCAUUUAGUCCUAUGUUAAAACAUACACGUUCAACAAAUAAUCAAAUUGUUACAUUAUUAGGUCGUGUAUUAGCGUGUUUAAGUGAAAAUAAAUCUUUAAUUGAACCAAUGGUUGAUCAAGGUCUUAUUGAAUCAUUAAUGAUACUUGUUGAUAAACAACGUACACCACAUACAAUAGCAUCAUAUUUUGAUUGUUUAGCUAAUAUUGUUUCAUAUUCAUCUGAAUAUCAAUUAAAAUUAGCUAAUUCACAAGAAUUUAUUUCAUUACUUAUAAAUCAUUAUUUAGAAGAAUUUGAUUUACGUUUAUCAUUAUCUGUUAUGCGUUUUAUACGUGAAUUAGCACUUAAAAAUGAUCAAAUACAAAAUUUAUUAGCAAAAAAUGGUGCAUGUGAACAUAUACUUAGUGCUUUAUCAGCAUCAUCUAAAGAUUUACAACAAGUUGCUAUUGAAGCUAUACAAGCUAUAAGUGAUAAAAAUGUUCUUGUACAACGUAUGAUGUUACGUGAAAAUGCACUUGAACAAUUAUUAAGUUUAUUAGAAAAAACAAAUCUAUCUAGUUUACAAAUAGCUAUUGUUUGUACAUUAUGGACAUUAUGUGGUAAUAGUUCAUCACGUAAACGUGAAGUUGCAACACGUAUUGGUGUUAAAAAAUUAAUUGGUUUUUAUGGUAUUAAAUCUGAAGAACAUUUAUUAGCUAUAACUGAUGCACUUGGAGAAUUAGCUAAACGAACAGCAAGUGUAAAAAUGAAUAUACAAGAAGAAAUAAAUCGUUGCCAAGGAAUAUCAUAUCUUAUAAGAUUAUUGAAAUCGGAUAGUGAAAUGCUUGUUUUAAGUGUUUUAAGAACAUUACAGUUACUUGCAUGUGCACCUGGUUUUGUUUCGAAUCGACGAAAUCAAGAAGCCAUUGUUAAAAAUGAUGGUGUUACAAUAAUGGUUGCUUUGAUGUUACAUGCCAAAAGUGAAAUGAUUCAAGUCGAAGCUGCACAAGCUUUAGCUUGUAUUGGUUUAGUAAAUGUUCAAUGUUCGACAAUUAUUGAAAAUACAUUAGAUUUUUCAUAUGAACAUCUAUUUAAUUUAAUGCAAUCAACGAAUCCAAUUGUACAGUUAAAAGCAACGAAUGCAUUGGCUUCAUUUGUCUAUAAUAAUCCACGUGCACAAUUAUCUCUUGCUAAACAACAUGAACUUUCAUUUGAUUAUUUUCAAACAUUUCUUCAAAAUAAUAAUGAUCAAAUACGAUGUGCAGCAGCAUUUCAACUUGUUGUUUUGGCUAGUUUAAUUCGUGAACGAACACAAUCAGUUAAUACAGCUAUUGGAUGUGGAAUUCUUAUUGAUAUUCUUCGAAAAUCUCAAACUGAAGAAAUAAAAUCAGAAGCUGCUGAAUGUAUAGCUCGACUUGCACAUAUGAAAUCAGGUGUACCACAAGCAUUAAUUUCAGUUAAUGCAAUUGAUUAUUUAUGUGAUUUAUUUUCAUCAUCACAUGAUACAACAAUUGGUAUUGCAUCUGUAGCACUUGGAUAUUUAUCUUAUGUUCCUGAAGGACAACGAAAAUUAUUACAUAGAUGUCGUGGUGAACCGGAUAUAAUGGCUUUUCUCAAAGUGUAUAAUUGCUUACCUGAUAUGCCGCCCCGUAUAUCAAAACAUCUGCUCGAAGAUUGGGAUCGAUAUAAUACACUCAAACUACCGAAAUUACGAUCCCGAGGGUCAAAUAUGCGAUACUUUAAAGUUCUUUCAAACAAUAUUGAACGAUUACGAGCAGCACCACAAUCAACGAUUGAAAAAGAACCUACAAAAUCAACUGUAAUGAAAUUUUAUUUACCACCUAUUCGUCAAAAAGUUAAAUAA